GGCUCCCGCUGGAAACUCUGCGCUUGUCUUUUCGGUAGGGAAGCUCGUAGCCUUCUUCCGAGAUCCAGGCUCUCCGGCAGCUUAGGGGGAAGAAAAGAAGAAAGGAAAGAGCUUAUAUUUUUUUUCACUUUGAGAACGAGAAGCUUAGGUUUUCAGGCACCUUUUGAAAACAAUUGUUUAGAGUUCUUUGUGGGCUUUUUUAUAUUUUAUUUUGUUUCUAAAGUUUUACCUGCUUAAGGUCACCUUUAUUCCUUAGGAAGAGCGAAAUCUUAAUUUUCUGUAAAGAGUCCUUAGGUUUGGGGUCUUGUUUUUUCCCCGUCCGGCCGUGUCUGACUUUUGAGCCAGCUCAGUCCGAUCAUGGUGAUGAUGUUCAAGAAGAUAAAGUCUUUCGAGGUGUUAUUUAACGACCCCGAGAAGGUGUAUGGUAGCGGGGAGAAGGUGGCUGGCCGGGUGAUAGUGGAGGUGUGCGAAGUGACUCGGGUCAAAGCCGUCAGGAUCCUGGCCUGCGGAGUGGCCAAAGUCCUCUGGAUGCAGGGAUCCCAGCAGUGCAAACAGACCUUGGAUUAUCUGCGCUACGAAGACACGCUUCUCCUGGAAGAGCAGCCCACAGGUGAGAAUGAGAUGGUGAUCAUGAGACCUGGAAACAAAUACGAGUACAAGUUUGGCUUUGAGCUUCCUCAGGGGCCUCUGGGAACAUCUUUCAAAGGAAAAUAUGGCUGUGUAGACUACUGGGUGAAGGCUUUUCUUGAUCGUCCCAGCCAGCCAACUCAAGAGACAAAGAAAAACUUUGAAGUGAUGGAUCUGGUGGAUGUCAAUACUCCUGAUCUAAUGGCACCAGUGUCUGCUAAAAAGGAGAAGAAAGUUUCCUGCAUGUUCAUUCCUGAUGGGCGGGUGUCUGUUUCUGCUCGAAUUGAAAGAAAAGGAUUCUGUGAAGGUGAUGACAUCUCUAUCCAUGCUGACUUUGAGAACACAUGUUCCCGAAUUGUUGUUCCCAAAGCAGCCAUUGUGGCCCGACACACUUACCUUGCUAAUGGCCAGACCAAGGUGUUGACUCAGAAGUUGUCAUCAGUCAGAGGAAAUCAUAUUAUCUCUGGGUCUUGUGCGUCUUGGCGUGGCAAGAGCCUUCGGGUGCAGAAGAUCAGGCCAUCCAUCCUGGGCUGCAACAUCCUCAGAGUUGAAUAUUCCUUGCUGAUCUAUGUUAGUGUCCCUGGCUCAAAGAAAGUCAUCCUUGACCUACCCCUGGUAAUUGGCAGCAGGUCAGGUCUUAGCAGCCGGACAUCAAGUAUGGCCAGCCGAACCAGCUCCGAAAUGAGUUGGAUAGAUCUAAACAUCCCAGAUACCCCAGAAGCUCCUCCUUGCUAUAUGGAUAUCAUUCCUGAAGAUCAUCGAUUGGAGAGCCCCACCACUCCUCUGCUUGAUGACGUGGAUGGCUCUCAAGACAGCCCUAUCUUUAUGUAUGCUCCUGAGUUCAAGUUCAUGCCACCACCCACAUAUACUGAGGUGGAUCCUUGCAUCCUCAACAACAAUGUGCAGUGAGCAUAUGGAAGAAAAGAAGCAGCAGUACUUAACUUGCUUCUUUCUGCCUCUCUCCUGGACUCUCUCAUGUUUUCAGAGAUUCAGCAGUCUCUACAGUGGGGUAUGGGUCCACCCCAGCCUCUGACUCCCCAGUGUAGGUGAUGAUCAGAAGGCAGUCCUCAAGCCUGAACCAGUACGGAUUCGUCCUCAGCCGGUGCGAAUGGUGUGAUAUAGGAGUGUUUGCUGGAUGGGUUUAAAAACACACUAGGAUAAUUCAGGCCCAUCUCAUUUUCUCAGAUUUCCUUGGAAAUUGAGGUGUUUUAGUAGUUUUGGGGUAGAAAUGGCCUCCUGCCAUGGUUUUCCCAAGGUUUUGUUUUUUUGUUUUUUUUAAAGGGAAUUAUAGAUUGUUAUAUCAACAUCAAACUUUGAAAUGAUGUGUCAUAUGAAACAGAACCAAUUUAACAAACUAGGAAAAGGAAGACCUAGGCCAAUAUUUGGGAAAAGAGGUUUUAAAAAUCAGUGUUCCCUUUUGUCCACUCCCAGAAAAAAGAAAAAAAAAAAAACCAAGGCUGAUUUUGGUUUAGACUUUGGAGGG